CAGAUGGUUUUUGUUUUGCGUUUGAACCCAUCCUAUACUUGACAUUCCCGGCCCACAUCCAGGACCAAAACUUAGCAUUACGUCAGCAAUUGUAGGCAGCAUCAUGGUGGAGGAAGCUUUGACGUUACAGACGUGGGCAGCCACUCAGAACGAUGCCUAUACACGCUUAACGGAGGCGCAUCAUCUGAGUUUUCUGUCACCCUUACAUAUAUUUCAAACUUAUAUCAAUGAUAAAUCCGUUUGUUAUCCUAAUGAUCUGGAUAUGGAGCCCCAUCCGUAUGUGAUAAGGAAUUUGAAAUCAUGGAAAUCACUGCAGGAGAGUAUACGCGGUUUCCUGGCCAUUCAGCCCACACUGCUAGGAUUCGCCUUGUCCCAUCUGUUCUGCCAUAGACUACCUCUGCAAUCGACAGGAAGAUUCUUGUUGGAAUUUGUGUUAAUUGCAGUGCCCACAGUGGUUUUUAAUACAGUUGGCAGCGAAUAUAGUGAUGUUUAUUGUGGACUGGUGGGCCUGGUCAUUAUAUUACAACUCCGAUAUUCAAAGUUUUGGCAGAAAAUAUCGAAAAAUUGGAUGUACAAGGUGGGCAAACGUCCAGCGGUCUUCACACUAUUAAGAUCAACAGCCUAUAUUGGAACAUGUUGUGGUAUAUUGGCUGUGGACUUUCUAUCUUAUCCAGUAGAAUAUCGCAAGAGUCGCACAUUUGGCGCCUCUGUGAUGGAUAUGGGUAUUGGUUUGUUUGUCGUAACUAUGGGUAUGGUGUCACAUCGCCUCAGAAAUUUGUCUGAUCUCAAAAAAUUGGCCAAAGUUGUUGGUCCUCUACUUGUACUUGGUCUAGCACGAACAAUUGUCAUAUCUAUGAUCGAUUAUAAUCAGGAUGAGCAUGAAUAUGGGAAGCAUUUAAAUGCAUUUUUUACGCUAGGACUAACCAAAUUGCUGGGUAGCUUGUUCAGCCUAUUUGCCAGCAACGAUGGCCAAGUAUUGUACCUAGGCGGAGGUCUCCUCAUUCUGCAUGAAGUUGUCCUACAGUUCGGCCUUAGUGACUUUGUGAUGUCCGAAAUGGUGUAUCGUAAGGAUUUUUUUCGUGCUAAUCGCGAAGGACUCAGUUCUUUGCCGGGUUGCAUUGCCCUUUACCUGCUCAGUAUUUAUUUUGCCAAAUGGUAUGCCAGUCAGGAGAGUCUUACGUUUGAGGAAAUCUUGUCAAAAUUCAAGAAGAUGAUCAUAUUGAUCUUCAUCGGUUGGUUAUUUGUUAUACUUAGUGCCUUUACGUUAGGCAUAGCUCGUGUUACCUUCAGUAGUGGCUAUGUUGUGUGGAUUUUCACCAUCUGCGUCACUCUAAUACUAAUUUAUGGAAUACUUUUCGAAUUCGCCUGGGCGGAUAUUUCACCGGCGCCAGAUUUGCUCCUUGGAGAGGGCGAUAAGGCAGUGCUUGCCAACAAUUCACUGCCUGCUGUCGUGGAGACUUUGAAUAUGAAUGGCUUAUGCCAUUUUAUGCUUUCAAAUUUUCUAACCGGCUUUGUCAACAUCUUUUUGCAGCCCAAAGAACGAAAUGGCUUAGAAAGUGUGUUGAUCCUUACCAUUUAUAUGCUGGCAAGUACGACAGUGGUCUAUGUCCUGUACAGAAAUCGAAUACGCAUAGCUUAACCAAAUGUAACCAAAAUAAAUUAAACCAUCUAUUUUUGUGAUACAAUUUUCAGCUAAUAAAAAGCAUUUAUAUUUAUUUUUUGUCAAAAAAAAAGAGGCUCAAAAA